GGUGUGGAUUUUGUAAAUGCGUUCAAACUCGACCAAUUGGUGGGUUCAAGCGUGCGUAAACACGCCAGCGCUUGUGAAAACGUGGGAGCGGCCUUCUCCUAUAUGGCUAGUGAUAAGCUCUCCAAACCUGCGAAAACCUUCUUUCCCGACGGCCUCCCUGACGCUUUCUCCAUCAUGGGUCUGGUGAAACUGGACACUUCCGGUAGAUCUCAAACCCUCUUGGACGUCCGUGAUGCCUCGAAGAGAGAGGUUAUGAGUCUCACUUUGGACAGUCAACUAGUAUUCAAGCUGUCGGAGACGCCCGAAUUUGUCAACAUCAUUCGUUUGAAUCACACCAUGACUGGUGAUGGGUAA